AUGUCGCACAAGACCCGGAAGCUAAAGAUUGAAUUCUCGGGUGAUAAGCUAACACGACGUGGCGGAUUUGAUUCAUCUUUGCUUAGAUCUCGAUAUCUCCAACACCUUUCUCUGAACAUUGAUUUUGGGCUUAAAAUCAGUCCAUCUCUGACAUGGGAUUUUCCGGCUCUAACCACUCUAACUAUUAAACGUGUUACAUUCACGUUACAACUUGUUAAUGAUGAUGCAAGUAAGUCUGUUGAUCUGUUUUCCCGAUUUCCGAAUCUGAAAACUCUUGCGUUGGAUGACUGUACGUUAUCUGAUAUUGAUACUUUCAUAAUCAAGUCAAGUGAGUUAGAGAGUCUAUACUUGAUCGGUAUUUAUCAUUCGUGUGAGUUUGUGGUCUCCGCUCCAAAACUUUCAUUGUUCACGUAUAACGGCAUUGCUCGGUUUUCGUUAUCAGCCAAAGAUCUCAAUUCAUUAAAUACAGUAAAUUUUCAAACGAUCUAUAGUAGAUCUAUUGAGGAGCAUUCUAUGUUACUUGAGUUAAUGAUCAAGACGUUCCAACAACUCUAUAAGGCAAAGUCUCUUACCAUAAACUUAGAAGCCUUGAAGCUUCUUUCUAUGUUCCCAGAAUUGUGUGAAAGACGAAAUUGCCCUUUCACAAGUCUGCAGAGUUUGACUGUGGUUUCAGGCCACUGGCUACCGCAUUCCUUGACUGGGUUUUCCGGUGUUUUUGAUUAUUUCAGUCGCAGCUCUCCGGCUCUUAAGAUUCAUAUCGAUUCGAAUCCAACACCUUUGCGGUUCCGUUAUUAG